AUGACAGUCGGCCUAGGCGCCGACAUUACCUCUUCCAGUGGCUAUGAAGCUGCAGUGUUGAGAAAGGAUGACUUAUGGAAUGUCACGGGGCCAUUGUUCGAUGCCAUCACGGUCAAAUGUUUCAUGAUUUGGCAAAGCAGUGACCCCAGGUACAAGUGCAAUGAUGUAGCCAUUGUUAGGGGUUAUCCAGAUCGCAACUCCUAUACCUUCGAAAGCGUUCAAGUAUUCCAUGGCGUAAGUGGCGGGGGCUGGUCAAGGCGCCCAGCAACUUUGAACACGCUGUGGCGUCUAAAGAACUUGGAGGUGACCAUGGGCACCUGGAGUCUUGCCGAGUUGCGGUUCUAUGAGGACGAUUUGUGCACGUUUCCGUUGGACGGACUAGCUUUCUCCAUUGGGAGUGGUGUCCCCCUCACAGAGGCUGAUAUCAAUGCCUUUGACAACAACGUCACAAGCAUUUGGACCGCCAAGUGUGAUCCGGUUCCCGGGUCCAGAGCAGCAGAGAUCUGGGGUGAUGGUUUUCAGUUCCAUGGUUGUGAACCUGACCAGGCCUACAUAGGUCUUGAGUACCAGGAGUAUGUGGAGGUAAGAUGUAUCCGCCUUUUCCAAAAGGCCCCUCGUGACAUCUCAGAACGGGAGCAGCGGCGAUCUUGGUCGGGAGGCUUUGCGUUGCAGAGAUGGUCUGGGGAAGAGUGGGUAGUCACGGAGCAGCUUUGGGAUCCUAACUACACUUCCUAUGGAGGCUUUGCCCCCACGAUUGAGUCACCAUUUCUUGGCAAUGCCCCAGGUGUUUGGGAAGACUUGCGUCCACCGACCUACUCAUGCUGGCGCUUGAUGAACGACGAUUACACUCGAGGUCAAUGGACCAUCUUGGAGCUAGAGUUCUCAGUGUCAGAAUUCUGUGAGGAUUUGCCGGAUCAGAAGAUCAGAGGCUUCCCGCUUGCCAUGCAAGGCCCCGGGAAUUUUGCCAAUCGGCAUGCGUUCGAUGGUGACCUCCGGCAGGACGUAGUCUGGCGAUCAAGUUGCACGCAGGGUCCAGGUGGGGACUCUUGUCUUCCUGGUGAGGCAUGGCUUGGAUUGUAUGCACGUGGCUCGCAACCUGAAGUCAAGUGUUUUCGCAUUCUCCAGUCGAAAGAGCUUGCGGAGCAGUCGGCUUUUGUGAUGUUGGGAAUGUACGUCAAUGGCAAUUGGCAGCUGCACAGCUACCACAGGGAGAUAGGAGGUGGCACGUGGAAUCGGCGACCGGCACCUGCAUGGACUCUUUGGCGAAUCCGAAACAACGAGGCGAUUGCAGGUCAGUGGCGGAUCCCGGAAAUCCAUGCGUAUCGCGACCCUCUUUGCCUCGUGGACAUGACGCCAGGAAAUCCAAUUGCUUCGGGCUACUUCAUAUCAGAGGCCCCGGCAGCUGCAAUGGACAACGAUGCCACUACCUUCUGGACGGCCUGUGCAAACUGCAAUGAAACACGGAAGUACUGGAUUGGAGUGGAGCUUCCUGCGAAUGCUGAAGAUGCUCAGGCCGAAGAGCUUUUUAUACGCUGCUUCAAAGUCUGGCAGAGUGAGCAGAUGAACGAGCAGAUGGUUAGUGCACAGGUUCAGAUAUGGAACGGAGACAUCUACAUCAUGUCACCCAUAACCAAAACAGGUUCGCUCCAUGAAUUGGGCGGAGGCGUUUGGUCCAGACCUGCAGCAAGCUUCAUGACUAGGUGGCGACUGGUGCCAACUGUGGUAGAAGAUCGCAACUGGCGUCUGCUUGAGCUGGAGCUCUAUGCUGAUUCUGAGUGCAGACAUCGACUGCCAAUGGCGGGUUCUGCAGGUGGUGGUACCACCGUCCUAGCUUCAAGCUACACACCCUUCGUGACCGGCUUUCGGCGUUCAGAACAGGCAAAGCUGUGGUCAGAGGCCGAACUUGUCACAGAUGGCGACGCCGAGACCGGCCUGCUGUUGGAACAUAUGCCGAACAAAUCCCGUGAGGCUUACUUCGGCAUAGACUUCCUGUCCGGCUCAGUGUGGGUGAGGUGCGUGAAGUUGAUGCAGGGCUCCACGCCGCUGGAGAGUGUGCCGUCAUUGACCUUGCAACUUUGGGAUGGUUCGCAAUGGCGACAUGAGGACCCUGAGCUGUCAGAAUUUGAAGUCAAUUUGAAUGGCCUAGGCGGAGGCGGGUGGCAGCGAAGGCCAGCGGAGCCGGGCUCCAUGUGGCGGGUGGAGAAUGCAGACUUUGUGCCACAGGGUUGGGCGCUCUACGAGGUGGAGUUCUUCCAAGGGGCGGACUGUGCGGGAGGCAAGCUGACUGGGGAGGUGAUCGCUAGCGGCUACGCUCCUCCUCACGACCAGAGGGGGCCCGCCUUUGGGGUGGAUGGCAACACGUCCACAAUAUGGAUGUCCCAGUGCUGUCCGAUGGACCAGCGCCCCCUGGGCUUCGAGACGGUGGUACCAAAGGUGGGCUGUGAUGAGGGCCAUGCGUGGAUCGGAUUGGAUCUUGGAGCCGGUUCGUCUGCACAAAGCAUCAGAUGCCUCCGAAUUUUUCAAGCUGGCUUUGAGCUAAUGCAAAGCCCGUCGGCCUAUGUCUCCAAGUGGGACGGCACAAACUGGGUCCGCUCUUGGCGCAUGGAUGGCCUAGGAGGCAGUGCCUGGAACAGGAGGCCAGCGGCUGGCAACACGAUGUGGCGACUUCUGUAUAGGUCCAGGAAAGAUGUGCCAUGUCCACAGCAGCUAUCCCGCCUUGUACAGCGACCAUGGGGAGUUGCGGAUUUGAAGUUCUUCAGUGACGACGCCUGUGAAGUUAUGGUGUCCGGAGGAACUCCGAUUACUUCUGGAGGAUUUGACACCUUCCAGCCAUCAGCUGUGGAUCAGCCAUCAUAUGUCACAAGUCGAAUGGUUGAUGACGACAAGCUUACAACUUGGGCUGCCAACUGCAGAACAGGGUUUCAUUACGUAGACACAGAUUUGACAAACUGCACAAAUGCUUGGGUGGGCAUGCAAUGGGCCGCGGCACACGAGAUUCGAUGUGUGUCAUUGGUUCAGUCGCGCUGGGAGUCUGCCAGGUGUUGCGACGCCGCAGAUGAGCUCCUGUUGCAGCGCUGGAAUGGCUCCGACUGGAUUGAGGCAUCCUGGUUCCGAGAUCCUCCGAAGCCGGCCGUGGCAACAGCGACCAACAUCCGGGAGCCAGCGCACCUUGGUGCCGAGUUUCGCAACGUGGGCGAGUGCCCUUCCAGGCUCAGUGAGAAGCGCAUGUUUGAGGAGACCAUCACAGAAACACGCACUCGCAAAGACAGCGAGAAGUGCAUUGUUCAGCUCACUGGUGCUGUGACCUUGCUGGCCGAGCCAUAUUGCAUCAAGCAUCCCCAAUGUGUGGAUGUUUUUGGAACCGCAGGGAGUUGUUGUCCCAUAGGCGACCUCAUUGAAAGCAGAAGUCGCUGCUGUUGCAGUUUCCUCGGUUCGGAGCCAAUCUUUGCCGAUGAAGUCGACUUGAGUGACCCACGUGAGAAGUUUAGUUUUGAGUAUGCGACAAUUUGGAUGUCCAAUCUUCUGCCCUGGAUCGGGCUGGCAGCCACAAUUGCUUUAUAUCUUGCCGCAAUCCUGUUGCCUGCUGACGUGGAGGACCACGCCAGAAACUGGGUUAAGAGCGACAUCGAGGAAAUCUCGAGGCCUGGUCGGAGGCGUCUCUUCUGGAAGCGAGUUGGAGUGAUUUUAGCUUGGCCGCUCUUAGCGUGGAGGACUUUCCUAGCAAGCAGCAAGUCUCAGACGAGCAGGCUUGUUCGGUGGUUUAUUUUGCCAAAUGGCCGACUUCCGAAGCCUUUGGAGCUGUACCGAUCACUGCUUUUUCUGGUUUUCGGGGCAUUGCUUAGUGGCAUGGCGCCUUGGCUCCUCUUGGGAGCAAUCUUCGGUGAAAUGAUGAUCUGGCUUGCGCUCCAGCUUUGUCAGGUGAUCCGCUACUUCCAGUCGCCCUUUGACCCCCUGGACCUCAGAGAUAUGCACUUGCGCCAAGAGGUCUCCAAGGUCAUGGUCCGAAAUGAUGAGGUGAUGGACACAGCAUAUGACAUCGCAGCUGGCGUCGCCACAACCUGUGUAUUCGGUCUUGCCUAUUUCGGAAAGUUCAUAUUUGAUCUUCUCAUUGUCCGUGCGCAAAUGUUGUCUUUCGAGGCCAUCGAGAACAUCGAAGCCGACCGGGUAGUCGAGCUAUUCCCAGGCCUUCUGGAAACACUGCGUGAGCCAGCGAUGCUCAUCUACGAGAUUCUUUUCUGGGCAAGUCAGCUGAUCUCCUUGCUGCUUGGAAACUUGGUUGGAAUCCCGCUCUGUGAAGGUUCCACUGCGCUCGUCGGCUCUGUGGCGCUUGUCAUGAUCUUGUACGGUGCUUCCCAGUGGCUCAACUACGAUCUAUUCGGGCUCUUCGUCGCUGCAAGGCAAGUCGUGAAGGCGACUCGUCCAGAGUGUCAGCGGAUCUUGGCUCAAUCGCUCAUAUUGCUUUGCCUCGGUGCUUCCUUUGCUGCGGUGCAGAUGACAAUGGUUCUUUUCACCCGUGCGCUUUCAUUCGCAAAUCCAUUUGUGGCAUCCACUUGGGUUUGUGGAUAUGAUGACACCCUUGCCAUCUUUGUGGGCCGAAUCCUGCUGUCGGGCUCUUCGGUUGUGGGCUUGAUUUUCGUCUUCCUGUGCGUGAACGGGCAUUUCGUUGGCCAGGACUACAUCACGGAGAGAGUUGCGCAGUUUUUGGGAAUAGAUCUGGCAGCUUUAGAUCCCGAUGGAACUGGGGACGAAGGGGGGAUGUUCCGCUUCGAUGUCUUCGGGGCCGCGCUGCCCACGUUGUUCGGUGUGUGGUGGGAUCCCUGGAACAUUGAUGCCUACUUGGUACGCGAGCGCGCCCACGUCUACUCCAUGGAGCUCCGUGAUCCCCAGGCUUGCAAGGUUUGUGACAAGAUCCACGUCAAAUAUGAGCUCAUGAUGACAGCUACGGGGCGAACCGUUAGUGCAGCUGUGCAGAUUGUUCCAUACGGAGCUGUCGUUGCCAAGGCUUGCGAGUAUCUCAACGACCCUCCUCUGGUUUACAUCGGCAAUAAGAUGUCAUGCUUGAAGGUCCGCAGGAUCGAGAGAUAUGCGACGCGUGGUUCCAAGAACCUGAUCAUCAAGGGCUACUUGCUCCUUGCCGAGAUUCUGGCUUAUUCCAUCGAGUACCUGGUUCCUUUUUUGCGGCGUGUGACCAGUGUGGCCACCCUGGUAUAUUUAAUGAUGGGGACUUUCACGCUGACGGAGCAGAACUUGGUGGGCCAAGGCACGACGGUGAUUCUGGCAGGAUUCGGUUUGUCCUUCGUCAAGGCGUCCUUGGAGAAGCUGGUCCCGUCGAUGCUGAGUUAUGGCUUGGGCGGCGUCUACUUUGCCCUCAGCAGAGCCGAAGGGGUCGUGUCUCGCGCUCAUGAGGUGCCAAGGACCAUCACAGGUCAGAUGCUUUCUGGAGCCACGGCAUCAACAUUGGUUGCUGGCUGCAUUCUGGCAGCUGGCUGGGGUUCAGUAGUGUCGGCCGUGAUCGUGGGCUCGUGUGUGGGGUACGCGUUCAGCCUCCUGACGUUGCUGGUCAACGUGUUGUUUGAACAGCCAUCCCCCGACAUUGAUGACCCACCCACCAGAAGCAUGUUUCAGCUCCUCAUCAAGCUGCUGUACUCCGUCGUCUCCGGCGGGGCGCUGGGAGUUCUUGCAAUCUAUGCCGGGGAGGCGGGCUUGGCCGCGGAAGGCAGUGUGACAGAUGCAUACGAAUUCCAGAACACUCUGGGAAGCCGGUGGACCUUUCGGGGCAGCAUCGGGCUGGGUGUGUUUGCCAUUGCGAUGCAAUUCAUCACUUUCCGCCUUAUCCUUGUUGAGAACCUGCCUCCUGUCAUUAAGGAGAGUGUUGAUCCGCCAUACAAUUGGCGAGACUCGCCGACAUGGGUGGUGCUUCGAACCGUUCAGUUCUUCCCUGGCUUCACAGCUAUUCCUACUUGCACGCUCGUGGCAGUGGUGCUUCGAGAUUUUUUGCAGUCUGGCCUUCCUUUCUUGACUUCUAUGGAACAGCAGUUUGUGAUGACAGGAGCAGGAAUUGUAUUGGCAAAUGUUUCUGCUUUGACAGUCCACAGGCUGCUUGGCAGUUUGCCCCAACUUCUUGGCUUCUUCUCUUGCAUCUUGGCUGCUUGUCUACUCUGUCCCUGGAAUAUGCUUUUCGGUGCCUUCACUGCCGUCUGGAUAGGUGUUGCCAUUGGGAGCAUUCUUGAGGAGGUGGUUUUGCGCCGGGCCUUGCAGAAAGAGAUCAGGCGACGAGAGGCGAUGGGUGAAGAUGACAUGGAGUUCUUCGACCAGAAGCGCGCAGCUUGCAUGGAAGAGUGGGAGAAAUUUGAAGAAGAGGAGCUGCCACCUCCUCCUCCCGAACCAGACCGGCAAGACAAGCUGAACGCGUACUUGCAGAUUGCAGCGGCAGGUGGCAGUGCAAUUGAGUACGCGAGGGAACUCUCAGCUGCCCAAGAGUAUCGAGAGGAGGAACCGGUGGAGUCCGCUUCUGAUGCUGAGAUGGCAGAGAACGACAGUCCAGAGCUUCACGACGAUGGCCACCUGCAGAUAGAGGAGCGAUCAGUUUCAGGUCACGGCACAAAGGAGACACUUCCAGUAUGGGAUGCGACAUCAACGCCGAUGUUGGUUGAAGAUGAAGCCUCUGUUCAGCAGGCCUUCUCCAAGGACUACAAUGACCAGAGGCAGGAGACAGAGGUUCAUGCCGAAGUCGAGCCGGCUGCCCUGCAUGCGCUCCGAAACGUCGAGGACGCGGAGCAACCGUCGGCCCCAGAGAUAGAUACGCGAGACCUCUCCAAGAGCUCUAUGGAGCCGGAGCAUAUCACAGAGCGUCUCCUGGAAGGUCCUUCCGAGGAGGCGCAGGAGCUCCGAGGAGGUGACCUUGCAGAGACGGCGGGCAUGCCUAAACACGAAGAACCUGGUGAGUUGCCAAUGCAGCUGGCAUUGACAAGUCCUGGACCGGCAUUGUCGCAGCGGUCACGUGACUUCUCGACGUUCUCGACACCGCAACCCUCCAGCCGAACCCGGGCUGCUGUGAAUCUUGAGGAUGGCUUUGAUUUCAGCCGAGAGAUGGUUGAUAUGGAUGAUUUGCUAACUAGCAAAUCCGAGAGUCAUCGCCCUUCGAAGGCAACUUCUAUGCGCUCGGUGACCACCACAACUACGCAACCAGCUCUUCCCGCUCCACAAGCAAAGAGCGCUGCUCCGACGUCUCCAGUCGGCAUGGACAUCAAUCCAGGCCUCAGGAGCAUGCGCCCACAACAACAAGACCUUUGGACGAGGACCCGUGGCCGACAACCUCCAACGGCUCCUUCACUGAGAGACAUGGCGCACCAAGCCCAGUCAAGCUACCAGGCAAAGGCUGCGAUGGCCCGCAGGUCUCGCCAGUGA